AUGGCGGUUUUCAAAACCUUAGCUUUAUUGUUCGUUUUAUGCUCCAUGACUACUGCAGAUGGAAAUCCAUCGUUUUCCUUUAAUGGGUUUGUGAAAUCUCCGAACGUUGCUCUGUUUCGAGAUUCCAAGCUCGUUAAUGGCGGUUCAUCGAUUCAAUUGACUGACUCAGUGAGUCGAAGCGAAGGACGAGUCAUUUAUAAGAAACCCAUCAAGCUGUUCCAAGGUAAAGGAAGAAACUUCUCAGGAUCAUUCUCGACUAAUUUCUCGUUUUCGAUGUAUAAAGAGAUUGGUAGUGUUCUGGGUUUUGUAAUGGUACCAAGUGGUUUGGAUCUUAGGUCGUUUAGUAGAAAAGACAAUAGUUCCUCUGGUCUAGGGUUCUUAUUGCAAUACAAGAUUGUUGCUGUUGAGUUUGGUAUCUCUAAGAGAGGGAAUCGUGUAGGGAUCUUAGUUGGUAGACCUCGAGAUGCUAAGAUUAGAAAGUUAUCAUCUUUUGGUGAACAUUUCAAUGGAGAGAAGAAAUUGAAUUGUUGGAUUGAUUAUGAGGCUAGCUCGAAAAGAAUCGAGGUUCGUUUGAGUGUAUCUACUGCCUUAAAGCCGGUCGAUCCAUUCGUCUCUUACUCGGUAGACUUGGCUAAGCUUUGGAAAGAUGGGGAAUUCAUGGUGGGUUUAACUUCUUCAAAUGGAAACUCUUCGAAGUCGCAUUAUCUCCAUUCGUGGAGCUUUAAACUGAGACAUCUCCCGAUGAGGAUUCACUCGCAGCCGCUUGAUCCAAACGAAGUUUCCAAGACGGUUAAGGAUGAGGGGAAGACGCUAGAAGUUAAGGGGAAAAGCAAAUGUAUAUGGAAAAUGCUUGGUGCGUUGGUUUUGGGUGCGGUUUGUGGAACUUUAGGAGCGAUGUUAGCGUUAUACCUUUGGACAAUAUGUGGUACUAGACGAUCAAUGGUGAUAGUUCCCGAGGAAUGUGCUAACGAAAAACCGGAUAUCGUUGUUGAUGAAGAAGGCAAGAAGUAG